CUAUUAAAUCCCAUGUUCCGAAGUUUUCGCAGUGUAAAAUAGCAGAAAGGGUUUUUGCAGGUACCACAGCUGGCCCUUUAAGAGCCACGCGUCAUUUAGCAUUUCCGGGUAAAAGGGCAUCAACAUGGACCCAGAAGUCCUCGCCUCUCUGGGUGUGGAAGGAGCAGCAGCGGCGGCUCAUGCACUCUCUCUCCCCGCCGAGGCCUACGGAAAUGAUGCUCAGUUGGAGGUGAUGUGGGCGAUGAAGGCCUACAAUCAUGCCGAAGUUUACUUCAAUCUCAUUUCUUCUGUGGACCCCAAAUAUCUGAAGCUCACAAAAAACGAUGACAUGAUCUAUUCCAAGUUUAGGGAAGACUUUCCAGAUUUUAAUAUCAAGAUUUUGGAUCCAGAACUUCUCAAAUCAGCAGAAGGGAAAGAGAAAUGGAGGCCUUUUUGUAACCAUUUUGAAACCCUGGUUGAAGACUUUAACUACGGUACAUUACUGCGUCUGGACUGUGAAAAAGACUACACGGAGGAAAACACGAUAUUUGCCACCAGAAUCCAGUUUUUUGCAGUUGAGAUUGCGAGAAACCGAGAAGGUUACAACAGCGGCGUGUACAAUGCCAGCUUAAAGGCGAAACAGCAGAAGAAAGCCCAGAGUUAACACCUACAGCUUCUGUUUUCUUGUGUUUCUAUUUUAAGCCUUUUGUCAUUCUUGCUAUUCACAUGUUUCAUUUGACAUAAUUGAAAAAGUAUUUUGAGGUGGGUGUGGAAUGAAACUGAAACUAAACCCCACAGUAAUAGUAUUUAAAAACUUUACAAGUCUGUAAUAAAACAAUGUUCAGUAUAGUAA